AAAAGACAGAAAAAAAUAAUCCUGUCAUCAGAGCUUAGAAAAUCAGGAAGCACAGAAUGCCACACCUGUCACCAAUAAAGUCAAUAACGAUGAUCAAAAAAAUAAAACAACAGGCGCUUUGCUUUGGUUUGGCUUAGAUCUAAAAUAAUAAAAUUUUGACAUUCGCUUAUCACUCUUCCCUCUGUUUCUCACUAUUUUAACGCAACAACAACGACGUUCAUGACGCCUUCAUCGUUCCACGAUCUCUUUCUCUCUGUAAGUAAACAAUUCCUUCAAACUUAAUUCCUAUCAAUCUCUCUCUCUCUCUCUCUCUCUUCAUGUUGUAAAAAGGUUAUGUAGAGUGAAGAUUGAGAUUUUAGAUCGAUAACUCUUAAAUGCAGCUUCGAAUCUGCAGAUUUUGAGUUGCAUUUUAGGUUUAGAAUUGAAGAAUUAAUCCUUGUUGUUGUUGCCUUUGUAAAUUGGAUUAACCAUGGUGUUUUGGGAAGGUUAUGUGAGUGAUGAAGUAAUGGGGAUUUUUGCCCCUAUUGUAAUUUAUUGGUUGUACGCGGGCUUUUACCAGCUAUUGCCACCGUUGGAUGAAUAUAGAUUGCACACUAGAAAAGAGGAGGAAGAGAAGAAUUUGGUUCCGCUGUCGAAGGUGAUUAAGGGUGUGUUGCUUCAACAACUAGUCCAGGCUGUUGUUGCUCAUGCACUCUUUUUGUUGACUUCAUCAGCUGAUGAAUCUGGAACCACAAUCCAGCCCUCUAUCCCUAUCCAAAUCAUGCAAAUCAUUAUUGGAAUGAUUGUCAUGGACACAUGGCAGUACUUUGCGCACCGUUACAUGCAUCAGAACAAAUUCUUAUACCGCCAUAUCCACUCCCAGCAUCACAGGCUAGUUGUAACUUAUGCAAUUGGGGCCCUUUAUAAUCACCCUCUUGAGGGUCUCUUGCUUGACACAGUGGGUGGUGCCAUUGCAUUCCUCGUCUCAGGAAUGACUGCACGGACAUCAGUCAUUUUCUUCUGCUUUGCUGUAGUUAAAACAGUUGAUGAUCAUUGUGGACUCUGGUUGCCUGGCAAUAUCUUCCAUAUCUUUUUCCAGAACAACACUGCUUAUCAUGACAUCCACCAUCAACUCCCAGGCACAAAGUACAAUUAUUCCCAGCCAUUCUUCUCCAUAUGGGAUAAACUUCUAGGGACUUACAUGCCAUACACUCUUGUAAACCGACCUGAAGGUGGUUUGGAGGCAAGACUGGUUAAGGACUAGUUACAGUUUGACACUUACCCUGUAUUAUUUCAAGCUUUCACUUAACAAAGGAAUAUUUUUUGGCUGGGUUUUGCCCUUCGAGGAAAACACGAAUUAGAAUUGUUUGUUUGACCUUGUAAGCUAGAAGCAAGUCCAUUGGGUGUUCCUUCUUUUCCUAGUCCUGUGAUGGUAUAUUUGUAUGUUUGAUAUUCUGGGUUAUCCCUGUAUGUAGCAUAUCUGUCUUUUAUUGUUUUCCA